CGGUGGCUUCCCGCUGUCACAGUGUUGUGUGUGGGUAUUGUUGACACCUUGAUUGGAUGCAAUUGGCUUUCAUUCGAUGUGCAGGCAACACGACACGGAAAGAAUGUGGUACGCUGGAACAGUAAGAGCAGCCAGAAGGGACGCCGGCAUUGCAGGGGGAGGCAAAGAAGAGAAGAGCAAAAGGCCAUCGCACAAUGGGGUGGGUGUGAGUCGGCUUGUCUGUCUUGGGUUCAAAAAUCGAGGCAUUCCAGACGGUUACAACACAACACGGAAAGAAACAACAUUGUACCCGGCAUGGCCAGAAGAAGACGACCAAUAUAAAACGUAGGCAGCAAUUGAACGAACGCCCCCUCCUCCUCUUCUCCUCUUGAGGGGCAUCCAAAGGAAUAGGCUGGGUGGUGGAUGCUUUGUGUGCGUGUGUGGCGGAGAAAUGCUUAGAAAAGUCAGGCGUCGCCUCCAAUGCUAAACCGUACGCACCACUCAGUACUAGAUUUGUCUAUCUUCCUCCCUCCCUCCUCGCUCCCCGCCUGCCGCUGACUUCCCUUACACCCUCCUCACGAUGUAUCCCUUCUUCGUCGUGCGCACACCCGCUCCCGUGUCGAGGGAGGGGUUGUGGUUGCCGGUGGUGAGCUCGUCCUCGCCCCUUGUCGGUCCCUGCCGGCACGUCAGUCGCCUUGACGCCAUCACGCAGCCCUGCACAAGGCGUUGCACCACCACUGGGACUGGCCUGCUGCACCACUGGGGGCCUGGACCUGCCUCCAUCACUGCCUCCAGGCGGCAGCUGACGACUCGACAGGCCGCCGCCAGACUGAGGUGUCGUGCGCUCUGAUGCGGGGCUGCUGCCGCCCGACUGGCGAUCUGCGCGAGGGGGGAUGUGGCCACCACGGUGUGUGGGGCCGCCCGAUAUGUCCUUGUCGAGAGGGCCCAGGUUGAUGGGUCCUGGUGGAAAUGUGGGCGAUGCGCCGUUGGACACCUUUGUGCAGGGGGACGAGGGCUGCUGGUUCCCAUGCCGCUCCAUGGCGUGGGGUCACUGCUCCCACCGGGGCUGGGCAGCGGGCUGGUCUGCCGCACCACUGGGGCGAAGCCGAGCGACGGGACGGCGUUGGCGGGCAUUGAUGUCUCGUCUUCACUGGCCUCGCCAUACUGGUGCUCUGCUGCGGCAGACUGGGUGAGAUGGGGAGGAGGCAGAUCGCGUGUGGGGGCGGACGAGAGGGGAGGGGCGACGGGGACGUCCUCGCGCGACAU